AUGCCUUAUUACAAACUUAAUAAUAACAAUAAUAAUCAGCCAAAAAAACAUGUAAUAUCAAAAAUAGUUACAAAUUCUUCCAAUGCAUCAUUGAACACUGCAACUGAUAUUAUAAAAGAGUCUGGCAAUGAUAUUUCUUCUUCUCAACAAAACAUAACCUCCAAUUAUGAUGACCCAAAUGCUAGGACUUUGACUUCAGCCUCAACUGAAUUGGAAAUAAAAAAAUUAUUCUCAAAAGAUUUAGAACAAUUAGAAGAACAAGAUUGGAAAAUAUUAUCGAAAAAUAAAGAAAUUGUCGAAUUAAACGUUCUUGGUGAAGGUGCUGGAGGCAGUGUAUCAAAAUGUAAAUUAAAACACAAUGUCCAUAACUCAGUAUUUGCUUUGAAAACAAUAACUGCUAAUCCAAACCCUGAUGUUCAAAAACAGAUUUGGAGAGAAUUACAAUAUAAUAAAGUCUGUAAAUCUCCAAAUAUCGUAAAAUAUUAUGGAACCUUCAUGAAUGAAGAUGAUGGUGUUAUCUUUAUUGCAAUGGAAUUUAUGGCAGGAAAAUCUCUUGAUGCUGUUUAUAAAAGAGUCAAAAAAAUGAACGGUAGAAUUGGUGAAAAAGUCAUUGGUAAAGUAGCUGAAAGUGUUUUAAGAGGUUUAUCAUAUUUGCAUCAGCACAAAAUCAUUCACAGAGACAUCAAGCCCCAAAAUAUUUUAUUGAAUGAGUUGGGUGAAAUUAAAUUAUGUGAUUUUGGUGUUUCAGGUGAAGUUGUGAAUUCUUUAGCUACAACAUUUACUGGUACUUCUUAUUAUAUGGCUCCAGAAAGAAUUAGGGGUAACGCUUACACUGUUACUAGUGAUGUUUGGUCCCUUGGUCUCACAUUGUUAGAAGUUGCUCAAGGAAGAUUUCCUUACUUCAGUUCUAACCUACUAGAAGACAACGAUGGCAAAAACACCAAUUCCACGACAUCAUUGACUACCUUCGAACUAUUGUCUGCUAUAUUAGAAUUUUCUCCCGAAUUGAAGGAUGAACCUGAUAAAAAUAUUAAAUGGUCUCCUAGAUUUAGAAAGUUUAUUAAUGAUUGCUUAGAAAGAGAUGCAACUAAAAGAGCAAGUCCCAGACAAAUGCUACAGAAACACCCUUGGAUUAUUGCUCAAAUGAAAAAUAAAGUGAAUAUGAAGAAGUUUGUUUACGCUUGUUGGAAUUAG